GUGUGCCGUUUGUUUUGUUUGAUACAUUUUGUCCUUUAAUAUUUACCGUCCGUCACGUGACAGCCAGUACUUCCGGUUACUAUUGUAUUACACUUCCAUGUUUUUCACCUCAAACUGUGACUGUAAUGUGAUCUACACGGGACCAGGUUGUCACUGUUGGGUGAAACCCCUCUCCUGAAGAAGGACAGCUCCUCGGUUGUCUAUUCGUUCUCUUUAUAUCCACCAGAGGUGUUGACCCCGGGGGGCAACAUGGCGAACUGCUUGUCUUUCCAGAGCAAGCUAACCUCGAUCAUGGAGGUGCUAGCUAAAGCUGCAGUGCUGGAGAUCAGUCAGCUGUGGGAGGACGGCUUCGCGCUGGUGCAGGUCGAGCUCCGCCGGAGAGAGAAGGAAAUCGAAGCCUUGAACAGGAAGUUAAUGUUGAUGGAAAACGAGCGCUUAACGGGUCUGUCUCAGGCUGAGACUACAAAUCUGUCUUCAUCAUCAUCUUCCUCCAUCAGAGAGCAUCAGAACACGACACUGCCCCCUAGCGGCGAAGGGCCGAUCAUAGAUUCAGUGCAGACAUUGUCUUCUGAGCAGAGUGUCAGAGAGAUGGCAGACACCUCAGCCCAUCCCAGAACACCUCCACCACCUCCACCUCCACGGAUAGAAGAAGCACAAAGCGAGCCCCUCAGGUCUGAUCACUGCGAGAACGACAGCAGAGACGAUGACGACGACGAUUUGAUCGUCAAGCUGGAAGACGAGGAUGAUGUGCAGAUUGUGGAGCAGACGGCAGACUCUGAUCUCUGUAAUAACGAUGAAGCGGGUCACCAGGAGAUGGAUCUGGACCUGCAGCCAACUGAGCUUUCAGAGGAACAGAAGAGCCAGCAGUGGUCGCUGGUUUCAGUAGGAGACAGCGACACAGCUGAUGACUCGGACUGCUUUUUAGAACCAAAACAGAUCUCACAAAACAUGGACUCUGAGAUCCUGCUCAUUCAAAACGCUUUGGACAUCUUCGAUAACUCAGCAGAGACAAUGUACUCGGACAGGUUUGUACGAGAUAACGGACAAGCUGCAUCGAGUAAACCGAGGACUCCUGUGAGUUUUAACCAAGCUCAGCCGGGUCAGCCUUCAGAAGCAAUAAAUCACACCGAGAGAGGAGUGUCUGUCCUUUUCAACAAACCUCACACUAAGAACUUUUCAGCCUUUAACCCAGACAACAGGUUCUUUCUCUUGAACGACCCUGAGAUGCACAAAGCGAUAGCAAGUCGUCGAAUAAAGGAGAAAUGGUUCAUCUGCCCCUUCUGCGGGAAGAGCUUCGACCGAGUCAGCCAUCUGGAGAUUCACCAGCGAAUCCACACGGGAGAGAAACCGUACACGUGCGAAACGUGUGGCAAGUGUUUCUCUCAGAGGAGCAACCUUCGCACUCACCAACGGACUCACAAAGAGGCUCUGGCCCAAAACGUUGUUUGAGCUUAAAGAAGGAGAGAGCUGGAGAGAGCUCUGUGACGUUUCCGUUUUUAGAUUCACUAACAAAUUCUGUCUCUAUUUUGAUAUCACUGAGAAGUAAUGUAGCCGACUGAUUUACUGUGCACUCUUUUAACUUUGGCGCAAAGCUUUGCUUUAAAAACUAAUUUUGGUACUUAUGUAGAGUUUAUAAAUCCAGAUAGUGAAGAGAUUUAUAAACAUCCUGCUUCAUGUUGACCUCUAAAGGACACUAAUCAGUCUUUGAUGUUUGUUGAGUGAUGUGAUUCAGUGUGGAUCUGAAAGUCUGUGACAGGAACCUCUGUGUGUUUGACUGAAGACCCUCUGGUGUCUGGUUUCAUUACCUUUUUACUGUCUGUUGUCUGUUUUAAGUCCAUGGUGAAAAUCAAGCUUGUAAAGCAACCAGGAUGUGAUCCUAAAUGAGGGAAAGGAGGAUGAGAAACAACAAACAACAACAGUCCAGCUGAAACAGAUCAUGUUAGUCUCUGGUACAUUUCACUUUUGAUUUGUAAAGACACGUCAUGUGCACUUAACAAAAAGACAAGAGAGGAAGCGCUCACUCUCUGUUUUAUCAUUUUAAGAAGUCAUCAUUGCAUUAUCAUGUUGCAGCUGCUAAUGAGAAAUUCACAAUCAAGCUAAGUUAACUUCCUGGUGAGAAAAGACUUCAUAUCCUUCAGUAACUGUCUGUAAACUGUCCUAACAGACCUCCAGGUGCUUCAUGGUUUAAGAAAAUUUUGGUGCUCUAGUCCUCUAGAUAUCCACCACUUGACCUUCUGAUUGGAGGUUCAAAAGAGUGUUUUGAGAAGUAUUUGAAGCCACCAUCAGCACCCAGUUAGCUUAGCUUAGCUUUGCACAAAGACUACCAGCACUUCUAACAUUCACUACAUAACUAGUUAUAUCUCACACGUAGUAGUUGGAGAUUCAUCGGCUGUAAAUCAGUGUUAAACUGAGCGUUUGAGGAUCUGGUAGGCAGAUCUAAUGGAGCUAGAUUUGGAGCCAGGUCUGUACGCUGAGCUAAGCUACAUUUCAUAUUUUCCCUACACACUUAUGGGAUGUUUCUAUUCUGUAAUCUAACUCUCUGGAAGAAACUGAAAACCGUUAUUUCCACAGUUCAGUGUGUCACCCUCUGAAAAUCCACUUUUUUCUACUUGUAUCCAUCAUGAGUCAUUGCUGUCUGUGAGCAUCGGGAGGACAAACCAGGAAGUCACCACAGAGUCCUACAAAUGUUUGAUUUCUGCUGCAGCUGUGAUGAAUGAAAUCCCUUUAACUUCAUGUUUGAGCUGAAACAAGUUUAAUGUCCCCAUGUGAAAAUAAAAACUUUGUUUUAAUGCUGCACUUUUAUGAAUAAACACUUCACAAUGUA